AUGGGGGACACGGAGGAGCAGCAUCUCCAGCAGCAGGAGUCGUCCAUCAUGGAGCAGUGGAGAACUGUCCAUCCAUAUCGGGGGCGUGGGAAAACUGCAGCCUUCGUGAUGCAGAGCUGUGGGCCCCUGUUGUAUUUCCAGACUUCACAACUGCGGCUUGGUGUAUUUUUGGUUUGUAGCACCAGGCCCGGCUCCAGCAGCCCCGCCGAGCAGCAGCCGGUCCCUUGGAUGGCCAGCCCUCCUUGGGGUGGCAGCGGGACCUUCUGCUGCAGCUCCAGCCUCUGUGGCCGCUGGGCUCUGCCUCGGGAGCAGCUCUGCCCUGCCGGCAAACAGUUUCUUUGUGUCUCCGAGUGGCUAAAAGAAAAUCACAGGCAAACAACAGAAGUUGGCGUCUUGGCAAAGCAGUACCUUGAGCGAGGCCUUCUGGUGCCGGACCACGUCAUCACGCGCGUGAUGAUGACGGAGCUGGAGAAGCGGCGAGAGCAGCACUGGCUGCUCGAUGGUUUCCCUCGGACACUGGGGCAAGCCAAGGCGCUGGAUGGGAUCUGCAAGCUGGACCUGGUGAUCAGCUUGAACAUACCUUUCGAGACGCUGAAGGAUCGCCUGAGCGCCCGCUGGGUCCACCCAGCCAGCGGGAGGGUGUAUAACAUGGACUUCAACCCCCCCCAUGUCCAGGGUGUCGAUGACCUGACAGGCGAGCCGCUGGUCCAGCGUGAGGACGACAAACCCGAGGCCGUUGCUGCCAGGCUCAGAAAAUACAAAGAUGCUGCAAAGCCAGUAAUAGAGUUGUACAAGAGCAGGGGCAUCCUUCACUCCUUCUCGGGGACAGAGACCAACAAGAUUUGGCCAUAUGUGUACACCCUGCUUUCCAGCAAGAUCCCACCCGUUCUCUCAGAUGAGGAGAACUGA